CGUGGGCUCAGAUCCCGCUGGUGGGUUGCGCGCACCUGUCGCCGGGAGCGCCUGGACAUGCCUCGCGGCUGCGCUCCGGGGCGCUUGGAUACCUGCAGCCGUCUCACCUGCCUGCCGGGUCGGAUCUGAGCCACGACGCAACCAUGUCCCUGCCCAAAGCCCGGGUGCCUCCGAAGCGAGCACACAACACACACACACUCACACACUCACAGAGUCACCCCUGCAAGGCGUUGUGUGCGGUUUUGCUGGUUCCGUAACUUCUGGGAAAUCAGCAUGGACAAAAAACAAGAUCCCAAAGGAUCCUUGGAAAAGCGCAAAGUCGGAACAAAGAAGAAAAGACCACCCAUUUUAAGAAUGCCCUCGGUUAAUAAACAGUCACCUGUCCCUGCAACACCACCAAGGAACUUGGACUCCAGGACUUUUAUCACCAUUGGAGAAAAGAACUUUGAAGUUGAGGCCGAUGACUUGGUGAGCAUCUCCGAACUAGGCCGAGGUGCUUACGGGGUGGUGGAGAAAGUGCACCAUGCAAAGAGUGACACGAUCAUGGCUGUAAAGAGAAUCCGAGCCACUGUGAAUACUCAGGAGCAAAAGAGGCUGGUGAUGGACCUGGAUGUCUCCAUGAGGACCGUCGACUGCUUCUACACCGUCACGUUUUACGGAGCUCUUUUCAGAGAGGGUGACGUGUGGAUCUGCAUGGAACUGAUGGACACGUCGCUGGAUAAAUUUUACAAGAAGGUUCUGGAGAAGAAGAAGACCAUUCCUGAAGACAUCCUAGGAAAAAUAGCCGUGGCUAUUGUCCGAGCCCUGGAGCAUCUCCACAGUAAAUUGUCAGUGAUUCACAGAGAUGUGAAGCCGUCCAACGUCUUGAUCAACAAACAGGGACAUGUGAAAAUGUGUGAUUUUGGAAUCAGCGGGUACUUGGUGGAUUCCGUGGCGAAAACAUUGGAUGCCGGCUGCAAACCUUACAUGGCUCCAGAAAGAAUUAAUCCGGAGCUAAACCAGAAGGGAUAUAAUGUCAAAUCAGACGUUUGGAGUCUUGGGAUCACUUUGAUCGAGAUGGCCAUUCUCCGUUUCCCCUACGACUCCUGGGGGACCCCCUUCCAGCAGCUUAAGCAGGUGGUGGAAGAGCCAUCCCCCCAGCUCCCAGCCGAUCGCUUCUCCAAAGACUUUGUCGACUUCACCGCCCAAUGUCUGACGAAGAAUCCUGCUGAACGAAUGAGCUAUUUAGAGAUGAUGGAUCACCCCUUCUUCACUCUCCAUGACACCAAUGACCCCACAGUGACCGAGAUGGCUUCCUUCGUCACGGAAAUCCUCGGGGAAGACUCUUAAAUUCCCCCCCCCUCCCUGACCUCGCCGUCGUGCCAAAUAAACUGGAGUAGCAUCGUCCUCGUUUCUCCCAGUGGGAAGAACCGAGGCAGUUUGAAAACUUCUUAGCAUUACCGGCGGUUUGCACAAAAAAACAAGAUUGUGAACGUCUUUUGUUUGCAACCUCCAUCAGCCCAAUUUAACCUCACGCGAUAACUUCGUGCCUUCGAGAGUGGCGGGUGGUGUGUGGCCGCACCCUGCGUGAAGAAAUCUAGCUUCGGAGGACCCGAGGUUGGUCCUUGAAAUCCUUUACUCCCAUUUCAGCUGCCGAGGUGAAUUUUUGUGCGUUCCCCCGCAGUAAACCUUUCCUGCCCCCCUUUGCCCCCCCCCAAAUGCAACUGUGGACAUUCAGACGUUUUCUAGACUUGAUGCAAAACCGCGACACCCUCCAUCCCUUUAAAGAGCUGACUGCGGAUGCCGCUGUUAAGAAGGAGCUUGUGUUGGCUUUUUACGCUUUGCAGUUUCAAAAAUCUCUUUCUAUAGAAAAUCAAGAAGGUUUUAGUAGUUUCUUGAAGUAGGUGUUCUACCUUCUGCAAUUCUCUCUCUCUCUCCCUUCUUUAAUCCGGCGGCAGUAUUCCUCGACCUCAGCAAUUUUCAGAUGCCCAGAAUUCUUCAAAAGCGGGAGAAUUAAUGGGAGAUGAAGUUCACAGUCGUAAAGUUGCUCAGGUUGAAAAGCUGCUAGAGGAACAAUUUCCCUUCCCCCCCCAUCCCCAAAAAAACUCCUCCUGGAAAGAUUUUACAGCCCAAUUUUGUGACCUCUGCUGCUGGAUUGUAAAGCGUCCCACCUACCCUCAUUUUGUCGUCAUCUUCCAAUAUUUCCUUCAAAGAAUUCAUAUACGAAGAUGAUACAGGCUAGUUUUGGCAUCAGCAACCCGAAGAUCACACGUCUUCUCAAACUUCUUUGUGCUUUUCAACGUACAGAUGUUUUGAUGUACGUUUCACCAUGAAAUGAGAUGUGCUGAGCCUCCUCCCCCCCACCCACCCCAAAAGGUCCAGCUGUUGUGAGGAUCUUGUCUCUGGAGACAUCACUGGAGAUUGAGAAUGUUAAUAAAAAAAUUAAAUAGCCUCCCCCCUGCAUUUCAAGAGACGGAUUGAGGUGGAUCACUUUAAUUGCACUGAAACUGGGAAGCAUUUUUGAUCCGGUGGGCUGAUUCCCCCUUUCUCUCAACUCUUUGUCAUCCCUUCCUGGACUGUUGGAACUAGGAAGUCCACCUAGAGGUUAGGAGGAUCUACCUUCCCUUGAGAUGUUCAGUCUUCCCCAUCACCACCGGAAGCUCACUUACCUUGCAACAUUGUCCACUCCCCUCCACAAAAUGUAUCUCCACCUACCCAGAUUUUUGCACACCCUUGUUGUUUAGUGCCAAGCAAUGUAGCUUAGCCUACUGUGUAAACCCAACAGUGGAUGGAUUGCCGUGAUUACCUUCACCAAGUCCAAGCACUCACCAUCGCGUUGAAGCCAAUGAGAUUCCCACCAAGAUAUCCAUCAUGGUUUAGGAGCUACAAGACCUGGGUUCACACACGUGCACCACAUCUUGGCUUGUUCAUUGAAUUAGCCAUGCUAAAACCACGGUGGUAAGGUGUUGGCUUUCUCUGCCUGACACAGAACAUCGGGAUUGAAGUGGAAAGUGUUGGCCUAUGAAGGAUGUGCUUCCUGCAGUGAGCCCAUUUCUGAUUGAUCAUCUAUAUCUUACUUCCGCAGAGGGAAAAAAACCCUUAGGAACAUGGGUGUGAAUAGGGGAACAAAUGAAAUAUUUUUCCACCCUUCCCCUCCAAAGAACUUAAUGUGGAGAGCUCUUACCUUUUGAAGAAAAAAGCAAAUAUUGCCAGUGGCUUAAUUCACGCUUUUUGUUUUUCAGUAAAUUCUCUCCCUCACUCCUAUCCCCCCAAAAGUAAAUUAUCUUUAAGUGUGUGCAUAUGUUUGCGUAAAUGAAUAGAUGCAGAAUAAGCAUGGAGGAAGCUCCAGCACCUGAAAGCUCUAAAGGAAUGUUAAAACAGAGAAAAGUAAGAAAAAGGGAAAAUGCAUUUUAAGGACACUGGAAAUGGCUCUAUCCCAGGAGUUCACGAGUCAGAUGCUAAAGAACAACUCUACCUAUUUAUUUUAUCCAUCUGGUCUGAAGAAAUAUCCUUAGCCACCUCAAGCUUAAGAUUUGGUCUUCACCCACAGCCUUUUCCAUGGGUUGAAUGAGUUGCUAGUCCCUAUUGAUCCAUUAAAAUAUCUCAGCCGUGGUGAUGUAACAGAUGGGACUUUGAUCCUUCCUCCUUCAAGAUGCUUGAACAAGUUCCCCAUUCUCAUCAGCUUUGAAAGAGCCUGGUGAUCACUUGCCCAAGUACUAACCAGAUCCUAGCAAUAUAUUUUCCAGAAUCAGCUGUGGGUCACCAUUGCCUGCCUGUAAGGGGGUUGUUAAAUCGCUCCCUAGAAAUUUUUUGGGACCUGAGGUUUCUUCUAAAGAUGCUUUUCUUGUGCUAAUAGGUCUAAGCUGCUGGUCAAACCUCUGUUCAUAAUUUGUCUUGAAAGCCCGUUCAAAACAGGGCUGAAGGCCACCAGUGUCCUUAAUAUUUCGAGAUGGAUGACAAAUAAAUAAAUUUACUUCCUAGAUGUUCAGCCUUCCCUUCUGAGAGUUGCUACUGCCUUAAGUUACCUAUAAAUAAAAGCAACUUUUAAAAAAUAAUAAUAAAUUGCAGAACAUAAAUGAUUUGGGGAGACUAUUCCGUCCAUUCUCUUUGUGAGUUAACAUGUUCCGCUUUGGGGGUUGACUUGAUCCUGUGUGAUUUGGGGAGGGGGGUUCCCAGUCUUGGUCAGAGACCUGAAGUGACCCUCAAAGCUACAAGAAAUGGACCAUCUUAUGUAUUACCAUCGCUUGAACCAAUGAAUGUUGCAUGCAACUUCUGAAAUUGAGAUACCCCCAUUAUAGUUUUCCAGCCUGUUCUCGUUCUGGUUUGUAAUGUCUGCUUUUUUUUUUUUUUAAACCUCUGAGCUUUUUGGAGGCAAAUUUAGUGAACGUUUCCUGUGUUUUUCUUUUGAGUCUAACGCAACGUUUCUCAACCUGGACGACUUGGAAGGUGUGUGGAGUAUACUACAACUCCCAGAAUUCCCCAGCCGACAUGGCUGACGGAAUUCUGGGAGUUGAAGUCCCCGCGUGUUCCAAGUUGCCAAGCUGGAGCCACGCCGAUCUAAUUAGACAGGCUUUAGGUGGCUUUUGCUGUGCUGCUGAGCCUCUGUAAUAUUUUUAUUUCUUACUGGUUUUAGAUUAGCAAGAGGGUGUUUGGCUAGCGUUCCCAGAGCCUCUUUCUAUGCUUCAGGGUUUGUUUCUUCAAAUGCAUGCCUUUGGAUUUUACAGAGUUCUCUUCCACCUUCUUCUCUUCCCCAACUUGCAAAAAAAAAAAAAAAAGUUGUUUAUUUGGAACCCGGCAAAUGAAAUGACCACAGGAGCCCUUGUGGAGCACGAGCUGGGUCUCCAACGGGGCAGAUGUGAAACUGAUCUUGGUUUAAAGAAAGCUUGAUGGUACAUGAGCCCCUAACUCGCCUUCCAUUUUGUUUUUGUUUUUUUUCUUUUUCCUUUCAUCACUCUCCUUCCCCCCUCCCUUCCCAAGUUUCCAGCAGAAAUGGAAGACUAUUUAUAUUUAGACAAGAACUCUGGGUGCUUUGAUGAUUUGAAAGGUUCUCUCUAAUAAACUAACUUGGUUGUUGGUUUUCAAUAAAAGAAGCUCCCAAUCUA